CACAGAGGUUGUUUAUUUGUAGGCAUAAAAAGCUCACUGAAACAGAACAACCCUUCUUGCCGCUUCCAUAAACCCUAGUUCACAGCCAAAACCCAUUUCAAGGUUCUGUGGCUAUGUCUUCCAUUAUGUCCCCAUCUCUCUCUGAAGGCAAGAAGAAGAAGAAAAACACCAACAAACAAUCAGAACCAGAAGAACCACAAAACCCACAAGAUUUCAUGAUCAAACCUGAAAAACUUACACCUACAAUCGACACCUCAAACUGGCCCAUUUUGUUGAAAAACUACGACCGUCUCAAUGUCCGUACUGGUCACUAUACCCCCCUUCCAGCUGGUCACUCACCUCUCAAACGACCCAUUGCUGAUUAUCUGAAAUAUGGUGUUAUCAAUCUUGAUAAGCCUGCCAACCCUAGUUCUCAUGAAGUUGUUGCUUGGAUCAAGCGUAUUCUUCGUGUCGAGAAGACGGGUCAUAGUGGUACUCUUGAUCCUAAGGUUACUGGGAAUUUGAUUGUUUGUAUUGACAGAGCAACGAGGUUGGUGAAAUCUCAACAAGGUGCUGGAAAAGAGUAUGUUUGUAUUGCUAGGCUUCAUUCUGCCGUUCCUGAUGUUGCUAAGGUAGCUCGUGCUCUUGAAACUUUAACUGGUGCUGUUUUUCAAAGACCACCUUUGAUUUCUGCUGUUAAGAGACAACUUAGGAUUAGAACUAUUUAUGAAAGUAAAAUGCUUGAAUAUGAUGCUGAGAAACAUUUAGUUGUGUUUUGGAUUUCGUGUGAGGCGGGUACUUAUGUUAGGACUAUGUGUGUUCAUUUGGGUUUAGUUCUUGGUGUUGGUGGUCAUAUGCAAGAGCUUAGGAGGGUUAGGUCUGGGAUUAUGGGUGAGAAGGAUAAUAUGGUUACCAUGCAUGAUGUUAUGGAUGCUCAGUAUGUUUAUGAUAAGGAGAAGAGCGAUGAGACUUAUUUGAGGAGGGUUGUUAUGCCUUUGGAGGUUCUUUUGACUAGUUAUAAGAGGCUAGUUGUUAAGGAUUCGGCUGUGAAUGCUAUUUGUUAUGGUGCUAAGUUGAUGAUUCCGGGUUUGCUUAGGUUCGAGAAUGAUAUUGAACCUGGUGAGGAGGUUGUGCUUAUGACUACUAAGGGUGAAGCUAUUGCCCUUGGUAUUGCUGAGAUGACUACUGCUGUUAUGGCUACUUGUGAUCAUGGUAUUGUUGCUAAGAUCAAGAGGGUGGUUAUGGAUAGGGAUACUUAUCCGAGGAAAUGGGGUUUGGGUCCUAGGGCUUCUAUGAAGAAGAAGCUGAUUGCUGCAGGGAAGCUGGAUAAGCAUGGGAAGCCGAAUGAGAGUACUCCUCAAGAGUGGAUGAGGAAUGUUGUUUUGCCUACUGGUGGGGAUGCCGUGAUUGCUGGUAUGGCGGCUGCUACUGGAACUGAAGAUGUGAAGAAAGAGGUUGCUGAUGAAGAGGGUGAGAAGGUUAAGAAGGAUGAUGGAGAAGGGCGUAAGAGAAAGAAACAUGAAUCUGCCGAUAGCCCUGCUCCGGCUAAGAAGUCCAAAGUUGCUGAAGUUGAUGGCGAAGAAAAAGUGAAGACCAAGAAAGUAGAUGACGCGGCUGUGGAGGUUGAAGAUGACAAGAAAGAAAAGAAGAAGAAAAAGAAGAAGGAUAAAGAGAAUGGAGCUGCUGCAUCUGAUGAGGAGAAGGUUGAAAAGGAGAAGAAAAAGAAGCACAAGGAAAAGGGUGAAGAUGGUUCUCCUGAAGUGGAGAAGUCUGAUAAGAAGAAAAAGAAGCACAAGGAAACGAGUGAAGUUGGUUCGCCUGAAGUGGACAAGUCUGAGAAGAAGAAAAAGAAGAAAGACAAAGAAGCCAAAGAUAAUGCUGCCGAUAUCAGUAACGGAAAUGAUGAGAGCAAUGCUGAUAGAAGUGAGAAGAAGCACAAGAAAAAGAAAAACAAAGAUGCCCAAGAAGAAUAGGUGAAGACAUGGUCUUGUCGUUUUGGUUUAAUGGACUAGACAUGUAAUGCUAUUUCUUCUUUAUUUAUAAUUUCACUCUGUUUAGUUUGUGGAUUUCUCUUUGAAGUUUUAUAGUUAGCUCUUUUGCUCCUUUUCUACCCUCCUUAAUUAUCAUGUUUUUGGUCCCUUGUAGUAUGCCAUCUAUAAAAGACCUUUGCUAAAGAUUGUUCUAGUAGUUUUAAUGAAACACUGUAUUAGCUAGCUACUCUUGGGUAGCUUGUGAUCAUUUACCCUUUUCACGAUUUGGCGCAUUUCUAUUAUGUAAGAACUAUAUUGUGUCAUUAACUAAUCGAAAUCUUCACAGAGGUUCAGCAA